AUGAGUCACAAGAAAAACGGUCACAGACACCAGAUAAAAGAAAGAGAAAACCAGAAUAAAUUUGAACGUUCAAUAAAUACUAAUAAUGCUAAUAAUCGUAGUCAAACAAAGGAUAAGAAACUAAGAGCUGGCCUGAAAAAAAUAGAUGAGCAAUAUAAAAAGGCGGUAUCUUCUGCUGCGGCAACAGAUUACCUUUUACCCGAGUCCAAUGGUUAUUUGGAACCUGAGAAUGAGCUUGAAAAGACUUUCAAAGUGCAACAAUCGGAAAUCAAAUCGAGUGUGGACGUCACUACUGCAAACAAAGCUUUGGACUUGUCGUUGAAGGAAUUCGGCCCCUACCAUAUAAACUAUGCGAAAAACGGUACGCAUCUUUUGAUCACUGGCCGUAAAGGUCAUGUAGCAUCUAUGGACUGGAGAAAGGGCCAACUUCGUGCCGAACUGUUUCUAAAUGAAACCUGCCACUCAGCAAUAUAUUUACAAAAUGAACAGUACUUUGCUGUUGCACAAAAAAAAUACACAUUUAUCUAUGACCAUGAAGGUACAGAACUACAUCGUUUGAAACAGCAUAUUGAGGCAAGACAUCUAGAAUUUCUACCAUACCAUUACCUACUGGCGACCGCCGGUGAGACAGGUUGGUUGAAGUAUCACGAUGUUUCCACUGGUCAACUGAUCUCAGAAUUAAGGACCAAAGCUGGGCCAACUACAGCAAUGGCGCAGAAUCCAUGGAAUGCAGUGAUGCAUUUAGGUCAUUCAAACGGUACAGUAUCGCUAUGGUCUCCCUCCAUGCCCGAACCAUUAGUAAAAUUACUUUCUGCUAGAGGACCAGUGAACAGCGUUGCCAUCGAUAGAAGUGGGUAUUACAUGGCAACCACAGGGGCUGAUAGAUCGAUGAAAAUUUGGGAUAUCAGGAAUUUCAAGCAACUACAUUCCAUCGAAAGCUUACCAACACCGGGUACAAACGUUUCCAUUUCAGAUACUGGUCUAUUAGCAUUGUCUAGGGGCCCUCACGUUACUUUAUGGAAGGACGCUUUGAAAUUAAGUAGAGACAGUAAACCGUGCUUCGGAUCCAUGGGAGGGAACCCACAUAGAAACACCCCUUACAUGUCUCAUUUGUUUGCCGGUAACAAAGUAGAAAAUCUGGGAUUCGUACCAUUUGAAGAUUUAUUGGGUGUGGGUCACCAAACAGGUGUUACGAAUUUGAUUGUACCUGGUGCAGGUGAAGCCAAUUACGAUGCCUUAGAACUAAACCCAUUCGAAACAAAAAAACAAAGACAGGAACAAGAGGUCAGAACCUUAUUGAACAAACUACCAGCAGAUACCAUUACUUUAGAUCCAAAUUCCAUAGGAUCUGUGGAUAAAAGGUCUUCCACCAUAAGAUUAAAUGCCAAAGAUUUGGCGCAAGCGACAAUGGAAGCCAACAACAAAGCUAAAACAAACAGCGAUAUUCCAGACUUAAAACCUGAGGUGAAAGGUAAGAAUUCAGGUUUGCGUUCCUUUUUGCGUAAAAAGACUCAAAAUGUUAUUGAUGAAAGAAAAUUGAGAGUGGAGAAACAACUGCAUAAGGAGAAGAAUGUUCGUAAAAGAAACCAUCAAAUUAGACAAGGUCUAAUUUCAGAAGAUAACAAAGAUGUCAUUGAAGAGGCAUUGAGCAGAUUCACCUGA